CGUACUCCCCAAGAGCAUUUCCACACUCUUUGAGGGUCUCCAUGUUUCGGGAAGCGAAAGGAAGUGGAGCUUAACUGACGAUAUAGAUGAUUGCAUGUAUUCAAUAGCGAUUGCGACAGCUGCACCAUUUAUUACGAUAAUGAGACUCCAAAGACGAAGACUAGUUAACCUAAUAGCGUUGUUGGAAGAUGACCGAACCGUUGAUAUGCGAUUUCAUACUGAAUCAAUACCGCAAUUGCGGUUAAUUGCUAAUACGCUGGCUCGCCUGGCGUUUCCAGUCGUAAUGUUCAUUGAUUCUAUUAGUUUUAUCGCGUGGUAUCUAUCAGAAAGUGAAAAAAGUUUACCGUAUGGUACAAUGCCUAGUUGGGCAUUAGAACACAGGAUAGAUUAUGUUAUGCUGGUUGCCAUGAAAUGGUGCGUCUUGUUGCACUUACGAAUACAUUUUAAGUACUUGAACAUUACUAUCAAAGAAGCUACAACAAUUCAAAAAGGGGAAGUUUUUGAUGACAAUGAAUCAGAGUUGUAUUCCAGUAACACUGCAGCACGGUUUCCUUUAAACGAGCACGUUAGAGGUGUUAUCGCGAGAUACAGUCGCCUAACUUUAAUUGCUACUGAAGCCGAGAGAGCAUUUAAUAAGGGCGCUCUAAGUAAUUUUAUUAAUAUAUCGAUUUUUGUUUGCUUUGUUCUGUUCCGGAUGUCAAAUAUACCUAUAUUCACCAUGGAGUUUUUGAAACUAUUUUGGUAUCUACUCACAAUGUUAUCAAUGAUAUUCCUAGAUAGCUACUUGUGCAGUCUGGUUGUUGAAGAAAGUGAAUCGCUGGUGUAUUCUUGCUACGAAACUGAUUUUGUUGAUAGAGAUCGAAAAUUUCAAAAAGCUUUGGUAUUACUGAUGACUAGAGCACAAAAACCUGUAAUUUUUACAAUUGGAAAUUUUGCACCCCUUUCCAUGGAAACAGUUAUUAUUGUUCUAAAGGCUUCAGUGUCAUACUUUAUGCUAUUGCGCAACGUUAGAGGUGAAACUUCAUAAGAAAUUAAAAAAAAUUGGGCACAUUUCUCUCUGAGAAUAGAAGAACUUUACGUUUUAUAAGGAGAUUUCAUUUUAGGAAAUUAAUGAGAUUCCAGUUUUGCACAUCGACCCACUAACAUACCAAGUACUGUCAACAUAGUGUUAUACCACAACGUGAUUGGUUAUCUUGAAAGGAACACUAUUUUAAUCCACUUCUACAAUACUAUCUGU